UGACCCCCGGUAGCGGAAGCUGGUGCCCCAGGGGGGGAAGGAGUCCGGAGAUGGCGGAUGGGAUGGAGCCGGCGGCGGACUCGGAGCCCGGGCGUUUGCCGGACCCGCCUCCCGGGGAUGGUGAGGCGAAGCGGGGCCGCGGCCGCCCGCGGCUCAGUGACACUGACCGGCUGCAGCGGCGCCUCAACAGCCGCAAGAAGUACGACAACCGGCGGAUCUACAUCGGGGAGUCGUACGUGGUGUGGGCCGCCCUCCGCGAGCGAUACGGCUGGUCCGACAAGAGGCUGGCGCUGCACCUGGUACAGCUGGACCAGGGCGGCCCCCGGGACCGCCGACACGGCAAAUCCGGUGCAGAGGAACAGAACUCGAAAAUUAAUUCCUCACAAAAAG